GACCAUGUUAUUAGUCCAAUUUCGUGAAAGUCACAAACUGGCACGUUUUAAUUUUCGUCAAAAACAACUUUAUAUCAAAGGACUGCCUUUGGGUUGAUGGCCUGCACAUGCGCAGUUCAGCGUGAGACGACCGUUCGAACCGACGUAUUUCUACGCAUGCGCUAACGUCACCAUGAAGUCGCCUACAGUGUAUGGAGAUUUCAAUUGACGGAGCAGUGUUUAGCUUAUCUUCAUAUUGUACUGCCUUUGGGGUAAUAUUGAUACCACCACGGACUGUUUCUGUGUUGGGAUUCAAUUAGCACAUGCGCAUUUGCGAUGAGUUGCCAUCAUAGAGCAAUGAGCAAACAGUCGGUUGUUGUAUUUGAAUGAACGUAUAUUGAAAAGUAUGGAUUUAAAGCAAACAAAGCCACGCUAACAUGAGUACACGUUUUAUAAUUUAAAGUAUUGACCUUGGGCGAAUCGAUGUAGUCUGAGCUAGAUUACCACAAAGCAACAAACUUCACCAUGGAGGCUUCAGAGUCCAAACGAGAGCAGUUUCAAAGAUACCUGGAGAAGGCUGGUGUCCUUGACAGCCUCACCAGUGUGCUGUUGGCAUUGUAUGAAGAGACGGAGAAACCCAACAAUGCGCUUGAAUCCAGUUUCCUCAAGCAGCACUUGGGUGUGGCUGGCCAGGAGUCUGCAGACACUGAGGCACUCCAGCAGGACCUAAGAGACAUGAGGCAGAGGUGUGAGCUGCUGGCCGAGGAGAACAAACGACUCAAGAACAGGCUUCAACGCUAUGAGCCUACACAAGAGGAUGGAGCUGCCGACUAGGAUGUGCCUCGGCUUUAUUGAAGUAAUUUUGUUAGAAACUCAAGAUUUUUAUGGCAAGUCGAAACCAACAACUGGAGGCAAGGGAUUUUAUUCACCUCUGUUCUUUUCUUUCUACUAGGUUUAAGUAUUUAACUUAAUUUGUAUAUUUGAUAUAUUGAAAUAUAAUAGCUUUUGUCCUUUGACUAUCUCCCCCUCAUAAAAGCAAACCCCCUUUUUCUGCUUUCAGUGUACUUAACCUACUGUACACCAAUGCUUUGUA